AUGGCUGAAGGAAGUACGGCUGUGUUUGACAGGGCGCUAAAGGAAGUUCGUCGCAACAGUGUCGCCGUGGAAACUGUUCCGCAUGCGAUAGAUCUGCUCAAUGUCCUAGAGAUUCGUGAUCUCUUGGAUUCAACUGCUGACUCUGCUAAUGAGGAUGUUGCUUACCGUUCCUUUUACCAAAUGCUGCCAGGUGCACUCGACCGAUGGCGGCUCACCAUAGAAGAACAGCUCUCGACGCUUCACCCGCUAAGCGAUUCAGACUCAGUACCCCCACAAAACUGGCUGAAACUUGCGAAGACGAUGUUCAAGUGCACCGAGUGUGACCGUAUCCGAUUCUGGCCUGAAGUUGCAGCGCAUAUGCAUCAUUGCCCUAAAGCUGAGAAAUACCUCUAUCAUCUGCCGCGACAUCCGUCCGGGACACUUCACUCUGUGGUAGGCUCUUCAUACGAGACUGCUAUGUGCAGCUACUUCUUUCCGCGCAAGGCGUGGAGCACGAAGUCACUCCAGCUGUGUGAUGAUCGUGCGUCCACAAUGCUCAAGGCAUACGGAAUGGAUCCGGACACCGUAACUUGUGCCAACAUGGAUAAGCUCGAUGCAAGGUUCGCGUGCGGCACGUGUAGUGAGCCCGGAAAGAGUUUGGUGGUCAUGGGGUGGCGUGCAGCGAUGUACCAUUGCAUGACGCAACAUCUGUAUUGCGAGCCUGAAUGGCAACAAGUGAGUACCGCUCAAGCGCAGGAGGUAAGGAAGCUCGAGAAGCUCCGUGAGGAAAAAUUUCUUCGAUUAUAUGAGCACUUCACACGCUGGGUUUCUGGUUUCUGCGCGUGUGGAUUACAUAUCAGGUGUGGCUUAAACCCAGCCACUGACGAGACCACAGUGUCAGGCCAUGUGCGCGUUCAACACAACGACAGGUACACCGUUCCUGGAGUGCUUCCAUCCGAAUUCUAUCAAGACCGCGAUCGACUUCCGUUUAUGCCACCUGCAGUCUCCCUUUUCAUAGGAGACAGUGAAGCUCUCUAG